CAGAGGGCUGCUGGUCUGGUUGAGUCUAUUCUCUCCUCUGUAUCAGGACAAGAUCACAUCUUUCCAGUUCUUCACAGUACGCACCACUGAACAGCUGGAGCUUUAGAGGAAUGAACCAUUUGUUCAGAUGGAGAAGGCUUGCCAAACUGAUGUUCAUGCUACUAUAUUUUGUCAUUAAUGUUCUCUGUGCUUCCCAGCAAACAGUCCAGUCUGAGACUCAGCAGGUGAAAGGCAUCGUGGGACAGUCUUUCUCUUUUCAAGAGAGGGUGAUCAAGACUGGCAAUUUACUUUAUGAAGACCUUGGCAGUAUUGCAAAUGUGUACCCUGGUAAAGAAGGCAAAAUCACCCUUGAGAAGAGAUUUGAAAACCGCCUCCGCUUGAACAAUGUUACAAGAUACUUCACUCUGUCAGCCCUUCAGAUUGACGAUGCUGGGGUUUAUACUGUUGAGAAUACAGACGAAAAUAAAAAAACAACCAAAUUUGAGCUCACUGUAUACAAUGUUGUUUCCAAACCUCAGCUGACAGAGUGUGACCGCAGCUCCUGUAGUGUGGUGUGUUCUGUGGACAAUGAAAAAGAGGUGACCUUGACCCUGUACAGGGGAGAGGAAAUACUAAACCAGACCAGCAGUCCUGACCUCAUCACUGAUCUCUCUCUCCGUUUGGAGGUAGAGGGAAAGAACUACAACUCCACCUACAGCUGUGUGGCUUCCAACCCUGUCAGCAAUGAGACAGUUCUUGUCCCAAAAUGUUGCAGUGAAGAUGGUCAUCCUAAUGAUGCUGACAGUGAUGGGAUGACUCUGGGUAUGGUUAUUGCUGUAAUCUGCGUUUUUGUUGCCUCUGGGCUGGUUGGACUUGCAAUCUAUCUAAGGAAGAGGGGAAAUGAACACUCACAAGGCAGAUUCAUCCGAAAGAGUGCAAGUUGACAUUGAGUAUGCAACGAUAAUUCCUAAAAAACGAACAGAUAACCAGGAGGAGCGAACAGAUAUACCGGAAUUGGAGUCACACAGAACAGACAUACCAGAAUUGGAGUCGCAUAGAGACAACCCUAACCUGACAUCAGUUUAUGAUACACUCCUGUUGCAUCGCAUGGCUGCCAGCGGGGAUGUUGACACAGCAUGAAGGAGAAAAACGGGAAGUCACUGGGAGGCCAAAAUGAUAACUCACAUUCUGUAGAGCAUAAAAGAGGACGUUGAAACAAAAUGAAAGUAAAACAAUAUUCAUGCUAACAACCUUUUAGAGGCAUAGUUAUGGGAGAAAAAUCCCCUGGAACUGUUGUGCUGAUAUUAUAAUUUCAGGCUUCCUUUGUACGUCAUUCUCACAGACCUGUCAAAUAGGGGCCUUGGUUACAUCCACUGAUACUGACCAAUUCAAUAACUAUGCAUUGAGUUGUUAGCAGGAUCAGGAUAUCCUUCUUAUCAAGUACCUUUUGUCCCAAAUCCCAAUGUAUAAGUUAAAACAAAUGGAACAUAUCUUUUAAUACAAUUCACUAGUGUUUUUGCUAUGCUACUGCUGUGCCAAAGCUUCCUUUCAGUACUGUCUGUUCUGUUGUUUAAAUGUAGGUGCCUCCCCUGUAUCGUUUUUAUAGCUGGUCAUUGUUUAGCUUGACAGUGGAUAGCAGCUGUGUACAUAAUUUAAAAAGAGCAGGCGUUUGAGAUAAAGCCACCUACUCCUUAGAAGCAAUGGCUGUUAGGCUGCUUUAGAAACAAAAGGUCCAUAGAUACAUUUUUUCCUUUCAACAUUUAGGUUGUAUUGAGGGGUGGCCAGCUCUAGGAAGAGUCUUGGUGGUUCCAAACUUUUUCCAUUUAAGAAUGAUGGAGGCCACUGUGUUCUUGGGGACCUUCAAUGCUGCACCCUUCCCCAAAUCUGUGCCCCGACAAUCCUGUCUAGGAGCUCUAUGGACAAUUGCUUCGACCUCGUGGCUUGGUUUUUGCUUUGACAUGCAAUGUCAACUAUGGGACCAUAUAAAGACAGGUGUGUGCCUUUCCAAAUCAUGUCCAAUCAUAUGAAUUUACCACAGGUGGACUCCAAUCAAGUUGUAGCAACAUCUAAAGGAUGAUCAAUGAAAACAGGAUGCACCUGAGCUCAAUUUCAAUUUCUGAUUACUUAUGCAAUUAAGGUACCUGUUAAUACAUUUGCAAAAAAAUGUUUUACGCUUUGUCAUUAUGGGCUAUUGUCUGUAGAUUAAGGCUGUAACAUAACAAAAUGUGGAAAAAGUCAAGGGGUCUGAAUACUUUCCAAAUGCACUGUAUAGCCAUAAUUUAGCUGGAAUGUAAUGUUCAUAUCCUGUAUAAUUGACUGAUAUUUAGUUGUCUUAGCUAGCCGUCUUAAGAUGAAUUCACUUACUGUAUGUCGCUCUGGAAAAGAAAUUGAAUUCUAUAUUUUAAAUGUUGUCACAAAUGUAUCAUUUGUACAUUUGAUUUUAAAAAAUGUAGUUUGUUACAUUUUACAGUGAAACCUAGCAGUACUACUUAUUUCUUUGAAAGUGAGGCGGAUGUGCUGUAUAGCAUGUUGAGGAAGGUGCUGAGGACUUUCUGACCACUCAUGCAGGAGUAACAAGGCCUAUGUUCACACAGGACUAAUAUAAUUUUGGGAUUUUUUAAUUGUCGUAUUUUUAUUUAUUUAAAUCUGUCUGUUUUCUGCAGCACUCUUAGCACCCCUACUUCUCGUGGUUAUGCAUUAUGACUGUUUUCAAUUCAGUAUGUCAAAGUUGUAAAUGUGCCUUUCUUUAUGUAAACAAACUAUAAAAAGUAAUGGCUUCA